AUGAAUUUCCACUCCAACGUCCUUCUUCUUCUUCUUGUGCUCGUUACCGUACUCGUUGCCGGUAAAUUGAAUCGAAUCCUAGAGCAAUUGCGGAAAAAUCGAUAAUUUGCAGUGUCGGACGCGAGCACUUUGCGCGACAUGAUCACAAAAACGAUCAAAAAGCGUCAGGAGACGACGGGCGGUUUGCAGGACGCCUACACAAAGCUGCUGCCGCCGCACGUCGCCGAAAUGUUUCUGCGAAGACACUUUUGA